AUGACCAUCAAACAAAAGGAGGUGGACAAAGAUCUCAAAGAAACGAUGAUUGGCCAUCCAAGUGAGAUCCUGGAAGAAUGCCCUAAUGAAAAUAAAGCCCAAGCAGCCAAAUAUGAUCAAAGGGACAAUGUCAUAAAAUUCACUUAUGAUGAAGUCCAGAUGACUGAAAGUACCAGAAUGCUGGACAAGAGAAAUGACGAAGUUAGUGCGAGACAUAGGGAAGAAGCAUCAUCAAGAGAAGGGGACAAACUGACUGGAAGAUGUAUUGACAAACAACAGGUGGAAGAGAGCCUUGAUGAGAAGAUGUGCCCCGAGCCGCAAAGAGAAGUUGACCACGUAAAAAAGGUUGGUGAAGCUGUCCAAGGGAUUGAGGCAAUGAUCAGAAAUCAAGAAUUAAUCUGUAACAAGAUAUCGGUUGCUCAUGACAGCCCAAAUUCAUGUAAGAAAAUGAUAAUUACAGAUGAUAGAGCCAUAGUGCCCAAGGUCAUCAGUGGCCAAAUCAAAGUAGGAGAUGAACCAGAAAAAGAAAAUAAGUUGGUAAUGAGCCACAGACGAAACAAAGAACUUUUUAAGCAGUUUCUUGAAAUGGAUUCUGCUGUUGCAAGUUAUGAAACCAUGUAUGAUGUGGAAAUUGUAGAAGAAGUCUUGCACUGCUCUAAUCCUUUGCCACCUGAAAAUAAUUCUGAAGACAAGGUAACACCAUUGCCAAUGACUGCAAUGCAAGGAAAAAAGAUGCUUGAAGGUGCUCUCUUGUGGUGUGACAGCAGGACGAAGUGGAAAUUAAUGUAG